AUGACAAAUCUCACUCGCGGUGCUUUAGUUUUAACGUUAUUUUUCGGGUUCCUAAACAUUUUCUUGGCGUUAGGACAUGAAGAGAAUAGUGAGCAUAAAUACACGGUAUAUCAUAAAUUUCCACACCACACCGAAUAUUCAAAACGAGGAGAAAUUUUAUUAACAACUUCUCGUGCAACUGCAAAAUAUAUUGGCAAUGAGCCUGAAUUAUCGAUCGAGGAUCUUGAUCAUGAUUAUAAUUCAAGGAAAAGCAAAUUAUAUCUUGUAAAAAUAGUUGAUAAUGAGAACCCAAACCAUGUUACAAAAUCUUUCACCUAUUUGUGUUUGUUAAAAUCUUCAAAUCUUGAGGAUGAGAUUAUAAUUCAUUUGGAUAAGAAUAACAGAAUAUUUCAAUUUGAUUAUUACACAAGUAGCGAUCAAUGCAAUAAAACCAUUGUUCCGCAAUCUAGAGAAUUCAAAACAACUGUUCAAACCAUCAAGGCGAUAGAUGGUGUUAUGUGGUAUUUCAUACCAAUUGCUAUAUUAUUACUAACCGGAGGUGCAGCUGAAGAACCUCAACAAGGAGGACAACAACAACAGCAACGAGGUGGACAAGCUGCUCGACCUGCACUUAGUGUUUGGGGGUCUAGCUCAGAUGGUAGAGCGCUCGCUUCGCAUUAUCGCGUGAAUGCGAGAGGUACUGGGAUCGAUACCCAGGUCCUCCAUUUAGUCGUGCCCUAUUACCUUGAUCCAACUAUAGCAGCUCAGACUUUAGUCAUUAAUAGAGAGUCUGGUGAAUGCUUACUGGACGGUGCUAUACCCGACCCAUCCGCACACGCAGAAGCUCUAACAAUAUAUGGAGUUUUGGGUAUUAUCAAUUUAUUAGCAGGCGAAUAUCUUAUAGUCAUUACUGGACGUGAACGUAUUGGAAGGUUGGGCAAACAUGAUAUUUUCCAUGCGAAUCAAUUUAGAAUUCUUCCAUUUGCGAAAAAUAAUAACCGAUUAUCUGAAGCGCAGGCUCAGGAUGAACAACGUUAUCUGUCGCUUGUGGAAAGUCAUCUCAGAUCUGGAACAUACUAUUUUUCUUAUACCUAUAAUCUUACCCACACCUUACAAAGGCAGGCACAAUUGGGUGACUUGGCAACUAAACCUUUAUGGCAAAGGGCCGAUGAAAGAUUCUUUUGGAAUCGUUACUUACAGGCAAAACUUAUUGAUAUUACCACUAACAAUCCCGAUCAAGAUACUGAACAAAUUAUUCUAUUGGAUCCCAUUGAGGAUGGUAAAGCACCCACUUCUUUUGAAGGCAAAAUUAAAUUAUCUUACGUUCAAACUCGUGGUUCUGUUCCUAUUUAUUGGGCUCAGGUUAAUAAUAUCAAAUACACACCAAAAUUGCAAAUAAUGGAUUUACCUAAUACGCUUGAAGCUUUUCGUCGACAUUUUGAUGAACAAAUCAAAAUCUAUGGAAAUCAAAUCUUGGUUAAUCUUGUUAAUAAAAAGGGUUACGAAUCUGCUGUGGGAGACGCGUACGAGAAGGCUGUGAAACAAUUAAAUGAUUCCAGAAUACUAUACUAUCACUUUGAUUUUCAUCAUGAGUGUAGCAAAAUGCGAUGGCAUAGAAUUCAGAUUUUGCUUGAUGCUAUUGAAGAAGAGUUAAUUCAGCAAGGAUAUUUCUAUGCCGAAGAUUCACCUAUCAAAUUUCAGACAUCUGUUAUUCGUACAAAUUGCAUGGAUUGUCUUGAUAGAACUAAUGUUGUUCAGUCCACCUUUGCGAAAUGGAUGCUGACACAGCAAUUGCGCGAAGUUGGUGUGUUAAGCAACAAAGAAAAAAUUGAUGAAAUCGAAAGUUUCAUGGAUAUCUAUAGAAAUGUGUGGGCUGAUAACGCUAACGCUGUUAGUAUUCCUUAUUCUGGUACUGGUGCUCAAAAGACGGAUUUCACUCGGACCGGUCAGAGAACCAAACAAGGAUUUCUUACAGAUCUACAAAGCGGUUUAGCCCGUUAUGUAAAGAAUAAUUUCAUGGAUGGUGCACGACAGGAUGCAUAUGAUUUACUAUUGGGUAAUUAUGUGGUAAAAUAUGGGGCCACAUCCCCUUGGAUUGAUACUCGAACAAUGCAAAUUAAAUUGGCUCCUCAAAUUUUGCUUGCAUGUUUGGCAUUCUUAAUAUUCUUAUUUAUUCUUCCAUCGUUUGAAGGAUAUGUAAAUUAUUUUCGGUUCUUGAUGCUUAUUGAUUUAGUAGUGGUAGUGUUCCUACUUCAAUUUAUUUUGGAGAAUGGCGGAGAAUUUGUAGAUUGGCCUAAACUUGUUGCAAGAGAUUACCGAUCUUAUCAAACUAAAUUUAAUACAACAUCACCUUAUAAGGAAAGAACGGGGCGAAUUAAUGAUUUAGGAUAUGAAGAAAAGAUUGAACUACAAAAACUCGAGUAG